UAUUUUGGGCCGAUGCUAGGGCUAGAAUGGCUUAUGGCUACUUUGGUGAUGCUAUUGUAUUUGAUAUGACCUGCAAGAAGAAUAAGCGAAUGGUGCCUUUUGCUGCUUUCUCAGGAAUUAAUCAUCAUAGGCAGCUUAUUGUGUUUGGUUGUGCUUUCAUGACUGAUGAGAAUGAAGCUUCAUUUAUUUGGUUGUUUGAGACAUGGCUUUGUUUGAUGAGCGGACGUUGUCCAGUUUCUUUUGUUACUCCAUUUAAUGACGUUAUUGGCUCUGCUGCUGCAAAGGUUUUUCCUAACGUCCAACACCGUUUUUGCCAAAGAGACGUAUUCCGGAAAUGCAAGGAAAAUCUUUCAGAUGUUUACUCACAGUAUGCUUCAUUCAAGAGUGAGUUUAAGAAGUGCGUCAAUGAACCUGAAAGCAGUAGAGAGUUUGAGUUGGCUUGGAGGUUGCUUCUAGACAGAUAUGGACUGGAGGGAAACAUGUGGUUAAAAUCGCUUUAUAAUGUACGCCAAAAGUGGGUUCCUGCAUAUCUUAGAGGCACUUUUUAUGCAGAGAUACCUGGGGGCUUGUUGAAAUCUGAAACAAUGCACAACUUCUUCCAAAGAAAUUCUAUUACAACAACCACAUUGCGGGAUCUUGUGUCUCAGUUUGAUAAAGCCAUGGCUGGGCAGAGUGAAAAGGAAAUACAUGCUGAUUUUGCUAUGAUUCAUUCUAAGCCUGUCAUGAAGACUCCAUCUCCAAUUGAGAAGCAAGCUUCUGAAAUAUAUACUAGAGUGAUAUUUGACUUAGUUCAAGAAGAGCUUGUUGAGGCAUCCAGUUUUUUGAUGGAUAAAGUUGAGGAUGGGAUGAUUUGCAAAUUCCGUGUUACAAAAGUUGAUGCUGAUAGAGCAUAUUUUAUCGUAUAUAAUGCUUCUGAAAAUACCAUAAAUUGCAGCUGCUCUAUGUAUGAAACUUGUGGUAUAUUAUGCCGACAUGUGUUUAAAGUGUUGAUGGUUCUUUGUGCUCUUGCACUUCCAUCGGAAUAUAUUUUGAGGAGGUGGACUAGGAAUGCUAAGAGUGCUGUUUUAUCAUAUGAAAAUUGUGCACAGAUCCCGAGCAACAGCUAUAGAGCAUUUAGCUUGCGGUGCAAUGACCUAUUUCAUGAUGCCAUUAGGUAUGCGGAAGAGGGGGCUACCUCUGUAGUGAUCUAUAAAGUUGCUAAGGAGGCAUUACAGAAUGCUUUCAAUGAAGUUUUCAGUGCAAAAAGAGGCUCAUUUUUCAACAUAACCAAGUAAAGGACUUUUUUCCGUUAAUUAGAUAGCUCGGUACCGUUGAUGCUUAUGAAAUUUGAAAAGCACCUAGGUUCAUUGGUGAAAUGGAAUCCAACAAGACACUAUGCAUUGUGUUUGGAUGAAUGCUUUUAUCAAUUCCAUGAUGGUUGGAAGCAAGGGUGCCAUGAAUUUGUUCAGAAAGAGGAGUUCUGUACAAGUUGAAGAUCUGAUUCUGUGAGGGUGGAAGAUCAAGUUCCAAUUCCUUCCAACAUCAUUGGCCGUGACUCUGGAAAUUUGCUGAAGCCAGGGAAAUGUAGCGGUAUUUGAUUCAAGAGAGGUUGUCCUAAGGCUUUGGAAGCUCUCUUGGCAGUGCAAGAAGAGGCACUGUGCAAGAAAAUGUUGUGAUGGUGGAUCUUCUUGUUUUCUACUGUGUUUAUCAAGAACAUAUAUGGUGCAGUUUUCUUACAAGUAGUACCAUUACUCGACCAAGGAGGAAGAUAAAGAAUUAAGAAGAUGUUGGCAAAGAUUGAGGCUAAAUUGUUUAUUAGUCUUGAUGUUUUCUUCUCAUGCACCAGGCUUGGAGCAAUGAAGAGUGGCUUUGAGAAGUUGUGAGUGAAGAAACAACCACUGAUAGAUGGAGAAAAGUUAGAAUCUAUGUACAGUGUACAUUGCAAAUGGAGCGCUCUAAAACUUUGUUUGAACAUAUAGAAUAAUCAUUUAUUUGAAGAGCAUAUGUGAGAAAAUUGAUGAAGAAGAUCAAGCAAUUAUUCUUUUUAGUUGA